GGUCAGGUGACCGGGGCGGGUGCGCAGGCGCGGGGGCAGCAGCAGCGAUGACGUCCACGUUGACCCAAGGCUUGGAGAGAAUCCCGGACCAGCUGGGCUACCUGGUCAUCAGUGAGGAUGGAGUGUUGUCCUCGGCGGGGGAGCUGGAGAACGACGAGGAGACCGCGGGGAUCAUCAUGCGGAUGGUGCAGACUGCGGUCAAACUCUGUAUCAGCGGCAGCCCCCAGCCCUCAUUCAAGAGGAUGUCCGUGGUGUUUGGGGAACACACGUACAUGGCCACCAUCUCUGGACAGAAGGUGUUUGUGGUGAAGAGACACAACAACCCUCAUGAAGCGGUCGAGGUGUGACCAGCGCCCCCUCCUGUCCCGUCCCCUCCACAACACUCCAGACGGUUCCCAUCGCAUCCUCUCUCCCCGUGGAUAAAGGAAGAGAAACUCCGCUCGUCGACAAUCACCUCCCUCCCCCUCCCCCAUUGUCCCCUUCCCCUAACUCCCUCCCUCCUCCCUCUCUCCCCCUCUCCCUAACUCCCUCCCCCUCCUCCACUCCCUCUCCCCCUUCC